GUCGUCUAUUCCGCAUCGGCGGUCUUCUUUUUCUAUGGUGCAGCUUUGUUUUCCUGCUGCGCCUCCCCUGCCGGCGCCGCAGCAUCCACUGCCGUCGCGGCGAAGGAGCCGGCGGUUCUCGCUACUGCAGCGGCCACAACCACACCUACAACAACC